GAGACUUGGAAAUUUUCUCUUUCCAAAUUUCACAUUCGCUUCGGGAUAGAGAAGAGCAGCGCGCGUCUGCAGGUGUUCGAAAAUUUUCUACAUAGGCCUGGAAUUACGGAGUCACGUAUAUUAUACACCUAUCGGAAUAACAACAUGUACAAUAUCAUAAGCAUAGGAUACAAGACUGCGGUGCGCAGCGUGAGAAUAAGGCAAUAUUUUUAUCAUUUCGAACAUUUGGCCGUAUUAUAUAAGAUAUACGCCGCACGGCUUCGAGUACAUACUAAUACGCAUACUAUACACAACCCGUAUCAUAUAAUAUGUAUAGAUUAUACGAGGUAUACAAUAUAUAUAUUACAUAAUACGCGUAAGACGUUUUUCCACCCUUCGCGGCAUCGAUUUUCAUCGAGAAUGAUGAAUGCACGCGCAUUGGAUACCAGCUAUUUUGUGCGUGCGUAUGUACGUAUGCAUGUGUAUUAGGGUGGACCGUGCACACGCGUAUACGUAUUAUGAAAAAAAAAAAUGAAAAAAAAGUGAAAAAGAAGAAAAAAAAAAAUAUCGAACCUCUCUCGCUUGAUGCCACUUUAAUGUCUUCAACGAACCCGGAACGAACCCGCCGCCCCAUUUCGACAUCCCCUCCAGCCUUCGGCCCCCACUCCUCGCAGUUAGCCCUCGCCGAGGUGGUUAUAUUCGGUGGUUUUUGAGAAGAGCUAGGAGGGGUGAAAAGGAACGCGACCCGCAGGUUGGUUGGUUUUUGUUUUUCCGCAAGUCGGUGAAAAUCGGGCAUGCGGGAUACUAUAAACGGGGUCUAUUAUUUCGACAGCCGGUGGUGCAAUCUACCGGAAUUCCUGUGAAGUUCGUCAGUACUCUCCGUAAUCUACUACGACUACUACCAACUACUAUCGCGCGCUAUACUUGGCUGCUGGCCGGCGCUCGACGAUCGCGAGUACAUACCAAACUAUCGUCAGUCGCAUACUUGGAUUUUGUGCCAUAUUGCUUGACGCGUGUUUUGCCAUUUUCGACCGAUCCCUAUACCCAUGUACGAAAAAUGGUGAGAAAUUAUAAAAAGAAGGUGGAGCGACAUCGGUGGUCCAAAGUCUCGAUGCAGGCGGCGAUUCAAGCGGUUCUUAACGGUUCGAUGGGGUACAAAAGGGCUGCCACCCAAUUUCACGUACCUCGAACAACCCUGGAACGCCACGCUAAGAAGACGCGAGAUAGCCCAGAAUCCGCGCUAAAGAAAACUACUCCCCCGGGAUCCGGCAAUCGUGUUUUCAACGAACAGCAGGAGGCCGAGCUUGUUCAACGUUUGAAUAAAAUGGCGGGUCAACUUUCCGGUCUCGAACUUAACGAGCUUCGCGAUGUUGCUUUCCGAUUGGCCCGGCGCAAUAACCUCGCUCAUCCGUUUGGCGAGGAUGGAAAAGCGGGAAUAGAAUGGGUCAGAGGAUUCAUGGCUCGACUGCAUCCUCAUUUAGCCCUACGAAGACCCGACGAAGCUACAUCGAUGCCUCGCGCAAUCGGCCUCAACAAGGAAAAUAAAUUGGUGGUUCGACAAAAGCUUGACGGUAAAGACGACGGUAGUGCAAAAUCUAACAGCAGCAACUACGGAGGAGAUUCACUGUGGCUAAAAGGAGAUUUGGAGGAGCUAUUCGAGGCAGAGGAUAUUCAAGAAAUCGACGAGUUCGAAGACUCAGACAGGUUCGAAUUCGAACAUCAAAUAAGCGACUGGUCGUACCUUGACGAGGAAGGCGACGAGGGCACUGUGACUGGGGCAGAGGAAGGCGACGAGACGGUGAACUACGGAGGGAAGGGAGGAGAAGUGGUGCCCAGCUUGCGCAUGCUGCAACAACGAGGCGGUUCAGCGUCAGCGUCAGCAUCAGCAUCCAACGGCAACAUGUUCCCUCAACAAUAUUGUCUACGAUGGAAAUAUCAUCACAGCAACCUACAGACCAUGUUCUCGCAGCUCCUAGAACGGCAGGCUUACUGUGACGUGACGCUUGCGUGCGAGGGACAAACCCUGCGUGCACACAAGGUGGUGUUAUCAGCUUGUAGCACAUACUUUGACACUAUACUAUCAGAAUAUGCAGAAAGGGAUCCUAUUGUCAUCAUGCGCGACGUUAAGUUUGCCGAUAUUAAAGUUCUCGUUGACUUCAUGUACAAAGGAGAGAUAAACAUCGACCAUACAAGGUUAUCAUCUCUACUAAAGACUGCAGAAGAUUUGCACAUCAAGGGUCUGGCCGAGGUCAGCUGGCGCAGUGAUUCGGUACAAAAUGAUAUGAGCAACAGUGGUCACAGCCCAGGAGCAGCUACUCCAGGAGUAGAAACAGUUCUCAGGGAAGGUGACGCAGAGGAGUCUUCACCACCUAAACAACGACGCCGAGGACGUCCACCUCUCGACGAUCCCCCAUCUGCACACGAUGUUUUUACACCAAAGGUCACCUGCGUUACUGGCAAUGUUGGCUCGGAUGAUACCUUCAAUGUAACACAGGAAGAAAUGAUGAGCGAAGGAGACCACGAGAGUUGGGAUGGUGAUAUGGUGCUGUCUGAAAAUAACGAAACCCCAUUACCAGUGUUAUCUUACAUGUCUAAAGAUGAUUCCGCCGCUCCGGACGAUAAGAAACCAUCCGUGACAUCUAAUUCCAAUGCUCCUAACCCAGCAAUUCCAGAGCAAUUCCGAGAUGUGGUAAAGAUGAAUGACUAUUUGACAACCGGACGUCGCCAAGAAUUUUGGGAGGAACCAUUCACACGACGUGUCAUGGAUGCUAUUAAAAGCAAGGAAUUGGAAAUGAAAACGGCAGCUGAAAUUCUCGGUGUCUCUUAUGGAACUCUAUACGGUAGAUACCGUGACAGCUACGGUUGCCUUAAACACCCAUACAGUACAGGGUUCGUACGCACAGGGAAAACUCAGGGAGUUUCUUACAGCAGGGAGAAGUCAGGGAAAAGUCAGGGAAUUUCGAAGAUGAGACUGGACUCGCUGGAUCAGUUGGAAAAGUCAGGGAAUUUGAAGUUCCAAAAAGCGUACGAACCCUGUAGUAGUGAAAGAGUGAGAGAUUUCUGGGCAGAACCGGGCCCUGCCGAAGUGUUGGCCAAAUUACGAAGGAAGGAAAUAACCUUAUUUCGUGCUGCUGAAUACCUCAAUGUAACUGUACAAACACUUGCCACAUACUUAUCUACAUUGCAAGGACCAGACAGGCUGUCUCUUUCAGGAGAACUAGCUGGCCCCAUAUCAGCGAUUGACGGUGGCAGUGAAACAGAAAAUGAUGCCGUGAAUGAUAUUCUUCAGAAAAUAAAUGCCAACGUCGCUUCGGUCGUUCCAAACAUUUCUACAGCAACUCCUAUAAAACGGGAAGGGGGUGGAUUCGUGGACGUUCCAACACCAAUUACUAAAGCAGCAACUUCGGUUCUUGAAAAUAAUCCUGAUAUAACUAUAGUUAAAACGGAAAGUAUGCCUCGCAAGCGGGAAUACUCGAAAGUUCCAAAUUCAGAGAAUAACAAUGCUAAAUUAAUGAGUGGUGGCGGUGUAAGCGAACUGUCGCAACAAAAGCUCUCCGAUUCGCUAUCUUUGAACAGUGACAACAUCAAACCCUAACUAUUCAGGCCUUAUUUGGCCCCGAUGAAUCCCAUCACGCCCAAUGCCAGCUACGCAUACGAGCUUUGUCCGCUAAGAUUUUAUUCUAAUGUUUUUAGCAGGUUUUUAACCAAUUUUCAUUUAAAUUAGCCACAGACGUACUGACUUCAUUUACUUACCUAUUAUUUUUUUCAUACGGCAUUUAAUGUUUUUAUUUUAAUUUUCUUUUUCCGUCUUUUUGCACUUCAUUGAUUGAAGGGAUUCUCUUGUGUUACAUUGUAUGAAACGCAAUGGCUUAUGGUUAGUUACAUCCAGUGACAGAUAUUUUAUCGCUGCGGAGAUAACUUAUUUGCUUAGUCUGAUUUGCGCUAUUUUUAUUUUUGUUUGUUUUUUAGUUAUAAUCAAUCAUGAUACUUUGGCUGAGAAACUUUUUUUCACUGUGUCUUUGACACAAGUAAUAUUGAAACAAAUUUAAUUUUUGUUGACCCUUAGCUGUAAUUUGUAUGCCUAAUGUUUUGUUUACGCAGAUCGAUCUUGAUCAAGAAAAUUUAUGUCAAUCAUCAUUUCAAACUCGAUGAGCAUUGAGAAAAUUAUGCGUCGCAACAAUAAUUCAAUGGCAUGUCAAUAUCUGAAGUUUUUUUCAUGCCACACGUAAUAAAAAAAAAUAAUACAGAAAUAAUGUCAACCGAAUGUUGAUAUGAAUGAGAGCUUUAAACAAUAGAAAACUUAAAUAUGUUUCACAUAAUUCCUUCUUCAAGAAAGAUUGAUUCAUUUAAAAAAUGGAAUGGUAUGUCGCUUGGGGAAUAUUGACCAAGUUACGAAAACACAGAUAGGUUUAAUUUCGAUUGUAUAAAUCGCACUUUUACGAAGGCAAUCUCGCAGUUUGACAAAUUGAACUUAAACUUACGUGUAAUGAUGACCAUGUUCAUGUGUAACAUGUAAAAAAACUUUGACUAAUUGCGCGUAUGAUCGUUGAAGUUUUUAUUUCGCUUAUAACCAGCUAAAAUACCGCACUCAGACGUUUAGUAAUAUCGUCAAGACUAAACGCGAGCUUUUUUUUAUAGAAAUUUUAAGUGAUUUUUAUUUACUGAUUAUCAUUGGUAUCAAAGAUAAAAAUUUCUUUGACACGAUACGAAGCAUAAGUAACGUCCAUUGUAAAUAUCGGUGCAAUAGUGAAACCUAAAAUUAAUAUUAUUUUGUCACAAAGUGUUUAAAUGCUAUUUUAAAAAGAAAAGAUAUACCUGCUUUUAAUCAUGCAAUUAUUAUUGUUUUUAAAAAAAGUUAUUGCAUUAUAUUUGGCAAGGUAUAUCUUGAUCAUCGUUGUUAAUGACUUGUUGGGGUUGCCAACUCGCAUUUCAAAUUAGGCUUAAUAUUUUCAUUUGUGUGUGUGUGUGUGUGUGUUCAUUUGAAUUUGGUAUCUACCAACGUGGAUGCUCAAUAUACGAAGCACACGUUGACCGUACUCACGAGAUAAUGACUGGAUAUGAGUAUUCCUGCUUGCUAAAGGUGAAUAAUAAUAAAACAUAACAAUAUAAUAGAGGUAUUUCCAUAGCACAUUGAUAUUUUUAACGAUAGAAAGCAAAACAAAUUUUUCGUACAUUCUGAACAUCAAUAAUCGGGAUGUACGUAAAGUAGUUGGCUAGAUAAGCAAAGAAUCCGGUAGUUGAAAACCAGCUGCAUUCAUUUUACAUCCAAUUUGAAUAUGAUUUUUAUUCAAGAUUUUUUCAAAUCAUACUACAGCGAUUUAAGUACUCGGUGUUAGUUUAGUGCGAAAGCCAGAUAUGCGUAUAACUCAUAUUUCUUCUUCUUUCGAUUGCAAAUACUUCUAAGAAUUAGAAGUACCUGUAAUUGAAUAUGUUCUGAAGUUGAAUGAAACAUCUGCCUAAAAAAUAGACAAAGAACAGAAUGUUAUCUUCAUCGGGAAAUUGGUGAUGUGAAAGUAAAGUUCAUAAAUUCUUGUAUUUUAACGUUGCGUGCUUUUCCGUUGUUGUUGUUGUUGUUGUUAACAUGUUUAUACGUGUUUUCAAUUGCUAUACGAAUACUAUACACCGGUCACGUUAAGUUAUAAGUUUCUAAUUAACUACUAUUUUCAUCAUAUUCAAUUCAAUCUUCAAUCGAUUGCCUAAAUACAAAAGUAGAUCUGCUCAUCAUCACGACUAAUUUAAAUUUCAACAAACUCAUUACGUCUCAUUGAACUUAAUGUAUUAAGUACAUGGUAAUAUAAAAAUACUAUUAUUAUUAUUAAUAAUAUUUUCUUUUUUCUUUUUUUUGAAUAAAAUAAGACUAAGACAUACCAAAUGAAAGAAAAAUGUAACGACAAGUUUUGUUAGGAUAGUUCUAUCGCAUAUCAAGAGAGCGAAAAUACAUGCUGAAGCUCUCUGUAUUGCCUACACACGCCCCGAAGAUUAGUUAUAUCGGGGCGCACAAAGACCACUUUUACUCUAGCAAGAGUAUACGACUAGAAGUAUUAAUAUUAAAUAUUAAUGAACAGUACAGCGGUUCGCAAGUAAAUGGCUACGUUUUUAAAAUUACAUAAACAUACGCUUGCAUGUGAUCUAUUUAAGAUAUAAUACAUACUAUAAAACUAUUUUACAACAAACAAACGAGAAGAUUCCUUAUUUAUUACUUCUUCUUCAUAAUUGAUUUUCACUUAGUAUUAUUCCGAACAAACAACUCCAACUUUCAAACUUCACCGUCGCAUUUUUAAUGUUAUUAAAUCUCACAUAUAUUUUCACAAUGAAUGUAUGCAAGGAAUUAUCAACCUAACGCAUCUACUAUUCUGUUUAAUUUGCAAAUUCUGACACAAAUUCAACAAAUUAAGUAAACUGAGAUUAGUCAGUUUGUAUGUAAGUAAAAAAGGGCAAUUAAAAUUUAACAGGUUACAAAGUAACCGUGCUUUUUUUUUUAAUUGAAACACAUGAGAACGGAUCUAAGGUAGAUUCGUUGUAAUAUAAUAAUAUUAAUAAUUGGAAGCAACCAUCGAGUCUUCAUUUUAUUUAUUUAAACUUAAUGACUUGAGUAAUAAUGUAUCGUAUUUCCAAAAAGAAAAGGAAAAAGGGGAAAAAGCUGUAUUAAAAUAAUAAUGCAAAUAAUUGUUUACGAUUAAGUGUUUCAUUAAUGUUACUUUAUAGCCAAGGUAUAAGGUAGUAGUUUUCAGUACAAAGAGGAGCACUUUAGUUCUUAUUUAUCCAAAAUGGUGUAAAAGAAAGAAAAGGAGAAAAAAAAAAAAGAAAAAAAAAAUAAAUUAUUCGACGAUGAUAGUUAUAAAUUUUUUUAAAUGUGGCCACUCGCUUGAAAAUCUCUGUAUUGAUUGUCACGUAAACAGAAAAAAAACGUGCUGUGUAUUUUGUGAUGCAUGCGCGUGACCACAUUGACAUAGUACUACGAGAAGACAGGACAAGACUAGCCUAUUGGCAAAUGUAGAUUGCCAUUUACUAAGGGCUAUCACACCAUGAGACUAAUAUCGAUAUCAUUAAUUACAUGUGUCGUUUGAUAUAAAGGAAAA